GAACGCCCCUCUUGGCCGCAUGCGCAGUAGAAGAGUUGCGCUCAGCUGUCGUUUUCACUUGUCCUCUUGAGGCUGCUGUCCCUUCUGUCAGCAUGGGCUUAAUCACAGGACUCUUCACUUUUUUGUAUCACUUUCCCCAGAUUUACAAAUGGCUGCUGAAGCCGUACUACAUUGUGUCCUUUUCUAUGACUGUCGCAUUCUUGCUGGUACGGAAAACUCCAGGUCUUUGUGAGCACCUGUCAAGCGCCCGGGACGACGGGAACUCUUGCGAGUUUGACUGGAGAGAAUUGGAGAUUCUCAUGUUUCUGAGUGCCAUAGUGAUGAUGAAGAACAGAAGAGCCAUCACCAUGGAGCAGCACAUCGGCAACCUGUUUAUGUUCAGUAAAGUGGCCAAUGUCAUCCUCUUCUUCCGACUGGACAUCCGGUUUGGCAUCCUCUACCUUGCUUUGUGUGUCGCAUUUGUAAUGACCUGUAAGCCUCCUCUUUACAUGGGUCCAGAGUACAUGAAAUAUUUCAGCGACAAGACUAUAGACGAGGAGCUUCAGAGGGACAAUCGAGUGACCUGGAUUGUGGAGUUUUAUGCUAACUGGUCAUCUGAGUGCCAGUCUUUUGCACGCAUCUUCGCCGAUCUUUCUCUCAAGUACAACUGUGCUGGACUCCGGUUUGGAAAGGUGGACAUCGGUCGAUAUAGCGAUAUCUCAGAAAGGUACAGGAUCAGUACUUCUCCUCUAUCUAAGCAGCUGCCCUCAUUGCUGCUUUUUCAAGGAGGACGAGAAGUUAUGAGACGUCCAAUGGUGGAUAACAAAGGAAGAGCUGUUACUUGGACCUUUAAUGAGGAGAACAUCAUCCGGGAGUUUAACCUCAAUGAGCUUUUCCAGAAAUCCAAAAAGCUCAACAAAAGCAUGAGCUUGAGAGAGAAGCAGAACAGCGGUCAGCCAGAGGAGGGCAGCGAUGAGCUCCUCGAGAACUCCGAUUCAAACCAGCCAACAGAGAGCAAGAAAGACCAGUGAAGGGAUUCAUUACUGCAAAGAAAACCAGUGCUUUUUGUUUUGUCUUUUUUUACCCCCAGGCCUGACAAUGUAAAAAUGAACAUUACUAAGUAACAGAAAUAAGAUCUGAUUAAAAUGUUUGCAGUUUGAUUAAAAAACACUCCUGGAUCUGAAAAAAA